AUGAAAUACCUAUCCUACAAAAUGACAGUGGAGCAACAAAAAGAGGUGCAGGGCAUUUGCAUCAAUGAAAAUCUAUCAAACACGGAGGAGUGCAAGGGGAAUGGGCCUGGGAAAACCUCUUCUGUUUUCAACAGUAAGGAUGGGAUUGGAAAAAGACAGAUGAGCCUGGAUGACAUGUUUUCCAAAAAGAAGAUCGUAACGGCUGCGGUGGCGAGUAAAUCCCAGGAGUCAGAUUGGGUUUGUGAAGGAUGUGCUAAGCCGUGUGAAUAUUGCAGGCUAGAAGAGAAGAUUGAUCCAAGAUGGAGAAGCCAUCUAAGACAUGAAUUUGGAAAGGAUUAUUUCAGGGGAAUCAAGAGGUUUCUCCAUGAGAACAGAAAUCAUUUGCCACCGAUCGACAAGAUAUUUACUUUUUCGAGCUUCUUCCCGUUGGAGGCUACAAAGGUUGUUAUAAUGGGCCAGGAUCCCUACCACAACGACAAUCAAGCGAUGGGACUAUCUUUCUCUGUUCCCAUGGGCGUGCCUGUUCCGCCUAGCCUCAAGAACAUAUACUUGGAGAUAAACUCUGAUAUCGAAGGAUUUGAAAUUCCCUCACAUGGAGACCUGUCCAAGUGGGCCAAGAGAGGCGUGCUGCUGUUGAAUGAUGUUCUUACUGUUACAAAGAACAGACCAAACUCUCAUGCAGGGAUUGGGUGGAGAGAAUUCACAAGUAGGAUUCUCCAAACUAUAAAUGAAAAGUGUACUAAUGUUGUAUUUAUGUUGUGGGGAAGGCAUGCACAGGCAAAGGGCAAGUUCAUCAACAGGAACAGGCACUUGGUACUAGCUUGCGGGCAUCCAAGCCCUCUCAGUUCCAACCAUUUUUUUGGGUGCAAGCAUUUUUCCAAGGCCAAUAAGUAUCUUAAGGAUCACGGCAAGUCUCCUAUCGAAUGGCAGGUAUAG